AUAUGAUGGAAAAUAAAGAUAUUAAGAAAAUUGAUCUUCCAGAAACAUUUUCUUGGAAUGAUGGGGACACUUUUGGUUGUGGAAUUGUAUAUCCACCAACUAUUAAAAGUGACAAAUUGCCUUAUCUUUUUUUCACUCAAAAUGGGAAACAAAUUGGUAAAGCAUUGUUGUUGACGGAAAGUCAAAAUUCUGCAAAAUAUGAGCCAAUUGUUUUGUUGAAGUGUUCUUCUGCGGAAACCAACUUUGGAAAAGACUUGAAGGCUAAACCAUUUAUUUAUGAUGUUUCAAAGCAUUCUGUUAUUGAUGAUUUUCAUGUUUUUGAGGAUAACGAUGCAGGUGGUAAAUUUUUUUAA